AUGCAGUGGCCAGACGAAACUGCAAUCCCCGGGUUCCGUCAGGCGACAGAAGAAUAUCUCUCGGAGGUCGACGCUCUAUCGGCGUCUUUCACGGCUCUCAUUGCCGAGUCAUUAGAUCUUCCCCCUACGGCGAUGGAUGGAGUCUUUGAUGAUCCUCAACAGCACAAACUGAAAUUAAUCAAGUAUCCACCACCACCGUCCGACCAGACUAGCAACGGAGCUGGCUUUCAAGGUGUCGGUGCUCACAAGGACUCUGGAUUUCUCACAUUCCUCCUCCAAGCAACGCCACACCGUGGUCUCGAGGUGCAAAACAAAGCCGGGGAAUGGGUAUCGGCUCCUCCACUCCCAAAUACAUUUGUGGUCAAUAUCGGCCGCGCUCUCGAGGCUCUGACGGGUGGGGUUUGUACAGCGACUACGCAUCGGGUGAGCUUGCGAGAAGAACACUUCAUUGAUGCUGAUGGAAAGCCCCUGGGGCCGCGAUAUUCAUUCCCGGUCUUUCAAGGGGUGAGUAUGGAUCUCUCGACCGAAAAUAUUACACUCGUUGUACCAGAUCAUAUCCGAGACUUGGUGAAGGAUGACAAGGUGAAGUCGGAUGCGGAGGCAACCUUUAACAAGAUGUUCAAAACUAGCAUCGGAGAGGGUACCCUCGUCGCGCGGGUGACAAGCCAUCAGGACGUGGGCCAACGAUGGUAUCCGGAUAUCUUGACCAAGGCUCUUCAGGGCCAGAAGGAUUUUGUUUCCAAGCAGUAA